AUGAAACACAUGGAGAACAGGAACAAUGUGACAGAGUUUGUUCUACUGGGGCUCACACAGAAUCCAAAGAUGCAGAAAAUCAUAUUUGCUGUGUUUUUUGUCAUCUACAUCAUCACUGUGGUAGGAAAUGUGCUCAUCAUGGUCACCAUCACCGCCAGCCCAUCAUUGGGGUCUCCCAUGUAUUUUUUCCUGACCUAUCUCUCCUUUAUUGAUGCCUGCUCUCCCUCUGUCAGUACCCCCAAACAGAUCAUAGAUUCACUCCAUGAAAAGAAGACCAUCCUAUUCAAUGAAUGCAUGACCCAAAUUUUCGGGGAACAUCUUUUUGGAGGUGCUGAGAGCAUCCUGCUCACUGUGAUGGCCUAUGACCGCUAUGUGGCCAUCUGCAAGCCCUUGCACUACAGAAUUAUAAUGAAUUGGCGGGUGUGUUUCCUGCUAGUGGGUGUGGUGUGGGUGGGAGGCUUUGUUCAUGCAACCAUACAGAUCCUCUUCAUCUUCCGAUUACCCUUCUGUGGCCCUAAUGUCAUAGAUCACUUUAUGUGUGAUCUGAAUCCUUUGCUCAAUCUUGCCUGCACUGAUACCCACACUCUAGGGUUCUUUGUUGCUGCCAACAGUGGGUUCAUCUGCCUGUUAAACUUCCUCCUCUUGAUGGUCUCCUAUGCGGUCAUCCUGAACUCCCUAAGGACCUAUAGCUUGGAGGCAAGACGCAAAGCCCUCUCGACCUGUGUCUCCCAUAUCACAGUGGUCGUCUUAUUCUUUGUGCCCUGCGUAUUUGUGUACAUGAGACCCGUAGCUACUUUACCAAUUGAUAAAGCAGUUGCCGUAUCCUACAAUAUCAUAACUCCCAUGUUAAAUCCCCUAAUCUAUACUUUGAGAAAUGCCCAGAUGAAAAAUGCCAUUAGGAAAUUAUGUAGUAGGAAAUCUAUUUCAGGUAAGAAAUAA